AUGACCGUUCUUCUAGUUUUUGGUCUAUUUAUAGUUAUAGCUACGGCACAUAACAUAACAUUUUUAGAAGUACCACAAUAUGGAGAUCCUCGGUGGAGUGCUGACCUCGUAUGUCACUACGUCAGUGAAAAAGGAGAUCCGCCGUUGCACUCAGUCAAAUGGUAUCGAGACAACAAUGAAAUUUUUCGAUUCACACCAGAACAGCAACCAACAACUAGAACUUUCAACACUACUGCUGGAGGUGUCUCCAGAGGCGUUUGCAAUAUGCACAGCUGUUCGAUUAGUGUUAUUUUACCUAAGAGAUAUGAUACUAAGAUAUCUUUUACUUGCGAAGUAUCUACUGAAGGACCGAGGUUUGCUGUGGUUAACCAAACGAAAUAUUUAACUGUGGCUGUGACCUUGAAGGAAGAUCCUAUUAUAACAGGAGCAUCAGGAAGUGUUCAGUUGGGAGAAGAUGUACUUCUCAAUUGUUCAACUUCACCUGCUAUGCCACCGGCAAAUAUAGUGUGGUAUAUUGAUGGAAAACCAGAAAAGACAGAAACGUGGAUGGUCGACAACACUGAAAUUUCAUCUCCCGAUGAGUAUGGGCUUCGUUCAAGUUGGAGACCUAUGAGACUUCGAGUAAACACACCUAAAAGCGUUAUAGACUUAAGAUGUGAAGCAACCCAGCCUGUUAGGCCUGCUUUUACUAGAUCUACAAAUACCAGUUUGAUAGUUGCACGCUCGCCCCAUUUAUCAAUGUUCACGGCUUCAGGUUCAAGUUCAUCAAGGGCGAAAUUGGCAGUUCUUAUGAUAACAUUGAGUACUACAGUACACAUAUUUUCUAAAUACAGUGCCUUGAGAAGAGUCUAA